UUCCAAACAGCAGGCGCAAGCUUAUAGAGCUCAGCUUGGAAUGAGCUUAAGCUCGACACUGCCAUGAUGAGAGUGAUACGGUUAUGGCUGCUGGCCGCCGUCGCCUCGGCCUUCGAGGUCGGCAAGGAGUAUGUGUACGAAUACAAGGGAACCAUGUACGUCCUGAACCCUGAACAGCGACACCAACUGACCGGCCUGGGAUUCCGAAGCAAAGUCAUCAUGCAGCCCAAGCCCGACCACACGCACUUCAAGAUUUCGAACUUCGAAACUGAGGCCUUCAACUCGGAAGAGAUGCACCUGAAUCAACACGAGUUCCACUACACGCCAAACGAUCUCCAGCACGACGCUCUCGAGCACCCCUUCGCCGGAAAGUUCGACGAAGGAAAGAUCGAGGAGAUCGAGCUGAGCAAGAACGCACCUCUAUGGGUGAAGAACCUCAAAAAGGGCAUACUGUCCCUCUUCCAAUUGGACCUCGUCAAGGGCCGUCACGACCACCACCGGGAAAGGGAGUACCACGUCAAAGAGGAUGGCCUUCACGGCGUUUGCGACACCCUGUACGUCGUGCGCGCGGAAGGUCACGAUUACAUCGAGCUGACCAAGAUUAAGAACCUGGAGAAGUGCGACCGGCCCCACUACGCCGUAUUGGGCCGCGAGGUGGCCAAGAAGUGCGUCAAGGGCGAAGUGGAGGAAACGCACCCAUCCUCUUCAACAUCUGAGGUAUAUUACGAGCUGAAGGGAACAGCGCAGAAUUACGUGAUCAUGCACGCGUGGGCCGAGUCCGGAUACCUGUUCAAGCCUCACGGCGAGGGCAAGACGAUACACGUGAAACUGAAUCGCACCCUGGACCUCCUGGAAGAGCACGAUUCCACCACGGACACCUCGCUCGGCGAUGACCACGAGAAGGAGCACUCUCUGGCUCAGGACUUCGGCUUGACCGGCGACCUCACGAACCCCGAGGAGCUCAAACGCCAGAACGCUCCCUACAAGCACUUUAAUGUGCACGGCAACAAGGAAAAAUUCGCGGAAGGCCUGCACCAGCUGGCUGAGCUGGACUACACGGACGAGGACAUCAAGGAGAUCGACAACAAGCCGAGCGGAAGCCAGCUCUUCCUGAUCCUGUUCAACUCUUUCGCGAGCUUGGACUACGACGAGAUCAGCUGGGUGUACCAGAACCACGUGGCCUCUGCGCCAGAUGGAAAGAAGGACAACAUCCUCCACGCGUUUUUGGAUCUCCUAGCUGCCGCGGGCAUGAACCCUCACGUCACCUUUGGCUUGCACCUGAUCAAAAACAAGGAGAUCGGCGCACUGGACGCCCACCGCUUCUACGGAAAGCUCCACCUGAACCUGAAGGAAGUCAGCGGUGCCUUGAUCACCGAAAUUGCCGACUCGUGCAAAUCGGAGGCCGUCAAGAGCCACCCGGGAACAUGGAGCGCCUGCAAGUUGGCCGUUAGCACAAUCGCGAGCGGAGCGGGAUGCAAGCAUGCCCACCAGGACCACGAGGAGGACCAUGGCACCUGCAGACCCGAGAUCAUUUCGCACAUCUUCAACUACUCGGUGACACCGGCGGACACACACGGCGAGCCCCAAUCAGAGACCACCGUCUACCUGCGGGUGGCCGGCAACCUGGGAACGCGAAGGGCCAUGCACUACCUGGAACGCUUCAUCUGCCAUUGCCAGGAGGAGCCCAAAAGAAUGGCCGCCCUGUGGGCGCUGAAGCAGUCGUGCAGGAACCACCCUGAUCUGGCUCGCGCCAUCGCAUUGCCCGUGUUCUACAACACGAGCGAGCCGAGCGAGAUCCGUAUCGCCGCUUUCCUGACCAUCUUGUUCAGCCACCCUGAGAUGUACCUGCUCCGCCACAUCGCCGUUGAAAUGCUCACGGAGCCCAGCGACCAGGUGGUACACUUCGUGAUGAGCGCAUUCCGUACCUUGGCCGAGUCCAAAUACCCCUGCCAUCGUGAACUCGCCACACACAUGCAAUAUGUGCUGCCAGAAUGGGACCACGACACAAGGUUCAGUAGGCCCAUCGACAGGUCUUCAUCUCACAUCACCGUCUCCUCCACAUACAGCCCCAAAUACGACUACGGUAGCAUGACGUCCCUGGAGAUGAUCCGCUCCCACGACAGCUUCCUGCCCCGCAACUGUUACGUCAUGCUCAAGGACUACAGGGCCGGACACUCGUACGACACGUUCACCCUGGAGUUCGAGAGCUGGGGCAUGGACAAGCUGAUAAGCAGCAUGCUCGGCCCACGUCCAGGAUUCUCGAAGAACCUCUGGAACUUCUUGGGACGUCGCCGCAUCCCGCGCGACGCAUCGGCGAAGGAGCGAAAGGAGAUCGAGGAUUCCCUCCACAUCGAAGACCGGGAGUACGACCCGUUUUACGCCCGUCUCACCAUGUCCGUCUUCGGGAAGACCACCGAAAGCUUGAGCAUCGAUGAGAGCACCAUCGCCAAACUACAAGAGAAACAAGCUAAACCGGAGGAGGCGUUGCAGUCUUUGCUGGGAGCCGAUGUGAACAAGAAGUACUUCUACAUGACCAAAGACCUCGAGCUGCUAAUGCCGAGCGAGCUGGGAGUCCCCGUAUUCUUCUACAUGAAGCAGGCCGAGUUUGUAUACGCAAAGAUAGACAAGGUGGCUCUCAACCACGGCGACAACGCAGAACUGCACUUGGACGUGAAGCGACACUACCUAUACGACGUGGCAUCGGACCAGAUGCUGGGCUUCGCCCCGCAGUUCACGAAGCAGGCCUUCGGAACUGGCAACAACGCGAGGACCGCCAUCUCCUGGCCGCUCGACCUCAAGGUGACCUUCGCACCUCUCGAGGGCAAACUAAGCCUCCGCCGUCCGCUGCAUCUUCCCUGGAACGUCAUCAACCACCAGUUCCGACCCUACACGUUCGGCAUGCCCAUCGACAUCACCAUGGACCCCUCGCACGCAAUCGCUGAAAUGCCCAAGCUGAUGAAGCCGCUCUACCGACCUGAAGAACUAACCGAGUUCGACCGUCACUACUUCGACGACACCUUCGGCGUAGGUCUGCAGGUCAAGGGUCACCUGAUCAAGAGAGGCCUCCGUCAAGCCGUGCGCGAAGUGUACCACGACAUGUCGUGCCGGGAACGCUUCUAUUAUAUGCUCGUCAACCCACACUGGCACCCACGUGACAUCAAGAUCUACGCCCUCCCCGCUGCUCAAGAUCCCAGCACGGAGCUCGACAUCGACAUUUCAUACAAGUUCUUGGAAGCGGACGACGAACGUCACAGCCGCUUCAACGUUCGCGACCAAAUCGGUGACGACGCCCAGGUGCCGUCCACGCACGUGCUGAACCUGGACGUCAACUUCAAGGGCGCCGCCAGAGAGCGCAAGGCCGUGGCCGAGUUGCGGUACUCAUUCAACCACGACCUCUUCAACCACAAGCUGCAGUUCUUCUACGAGAAGACACCCUUCGGGCACGAGGACACCGAAAUGAAAAUCUGCCUGGACGCAUCGGCGAAGUUCCCCCAUCCUGACUGGACCAUAACCAACAUGGCUACCUUCCACGCGGGAAAACAGAUCGACGCCCACCUUAACGUUCACUACGGAGCCAGCUGCGAAGCUGGGACAAGCAUCACAGUGAACGGCAAGUUCACACACACCGACGAGGACGAACAGCAGCUGGCCGCCGCGGCGGAAGGCAAGACCGUCGGCCGGGACAGGUUCAGCAGCACCUUCCUCCACUGGCUCGCCAACAAAUGCCACAUGAAGCAAGAGAAGGGCAUCCCCUUCAGCCACUACUGCUACAGGCUGCUGCGUUACUCCAGCCGCCUCGGAAAGUUCACCGCGGACGUGGAGUGGAAGAACUACAAGCCCCUGUUGAACCGGCUGGCUAAGUACUACAACAAACGCUACGCUUACAAGCCCUGGAAGGCCGGCUUCCUGGGCGUGCUUGCUUCGUACUUGACGGGCGACCACGGCAAGCUGCACGUGGUCUCUCAAACUCCCUGGUGGAGCCUUGGCGAGAAGCCGCACACCGACAUGAUCGUGACGACCCAAGACGGCCACAGCCACGAGCAUUGGGGAGUGCCCACCUUCAGCAAGAUCCUCGAGCCGAGGGUUUUCACGGUAGCCGGAUACACGCACGCCGCCGAGUACUCCAAGCUGUACAGGCACAAGUACUGUGACCUGCAAGCCAAUGGCGUGCGCACUUUCGACGGCACUCUAAUCAACUUGCCCGAGACGGACUGCUACAAAGUGGUCGCUCGCGACUGCUCGCCCUUCAAGAGGUUCCUCGUGCUGGCUCGUGCCACGAACAACCCUUCGCUAAACAAGGCCUUGAAGAUGUUCAUCGAUACGACCAUGAUUGAGAUCCUGCCCUUGGACGACGCUUCCGGCUUGGUGCUGCGAGUGGACGGCAGCAAAGUGGACAUCACGCCCGAGCACUCUUACAGCCACACCUAUCACGACGCCGAGCUCUUCAGAGUCAAGAAGGCAGCCACAAAGUGGUUCACGCUGGACUCGGAGCCAUACGGCCUCCACAUAGGAUUUGGUGGAAACAUGCUCCUCGUGGAGGUGGCUCCGUUCUACCGCGGAAAGCUGUGCGGCCUGUGCGGCGACUACAACCUGGACAAGAACCACGAGCUGUCCGGCCCCGACGGUCACCAGUACAACAACACCCUGGAGUUCGCCAAGAGCUACGUGGUGCCCAGUCCCGACUGCCACGCGCCGGCCCAUUAACCGGCUCGGACCAUUCAUCACGUCAUCAUAACGGGAACGUCGCCCGCAAACUCUCGCAAAAAAAAAAACACCAAAAAAUGUGGAGCAAAAC